GAUCUUUCACGCGUUUGGAGGGCCUUCCACCGACAGUAUGUCAUUUCCAAACUUCCUUCUUGGUGACCGUCACACAUCACACCAUGGCCUUCACUUCCGUCUCGCGUCGCAUGUUCUCUUCCCAAGCCCGUAAAUUCUUUGUCGGGGGGAACUGGAAGUGUAAUGGGUCGGUCUCCCAAGCCAACGCGCUUGUCGACUCGCUCAACACGGCCACGAUCCCGUCGAAUGUUGAAGUCGUGGUAGCGCCGCCCGCGCUCCACGUCGCGUCUGUGGCGUCGCGUCUCCGCAAGGACGUGGGCGUCAGUGGCCAAGAUGUGUGGCACCAUGGUGCUGGCGCGUACACCGGCGAAGUGUCUGCUGAACUCCUUAAGGACGCCGGUGCCGGCUACAGUAUCGUCGGGCAUUCCGAGCGUCGCGAAAAGGGCGAGUCCAACGAAGAAGUGGCGCGCAAGGCCGCGUAUGCGUUGUCCAAGGGUCUGUCUGUGAUUGCCUGCAUUGGCGAAACCAAGACCCAACGUGAUGCCAACCAAACCCUACAAGUCGUCACGGACCAACUGGCCGCGUACGCCGCGCACGUCAAGGACUGGUCCAAGGUCAUCGUGGCGUAUGAGCCCGUGUGGGCCAUUGGCACGGGGCUCACCGCCAGCCCGGCGCAGGCCCAAGACGUGCACGCCGGCAUCCGCAACUGGCUCAAGACCAACGUGAGCGCCGCCGUCGCCAACUCCACCCGCAUCAUCUACGGGGGCAGUGUCACUGCUGGCAACGCCACCGAGUUGUCUGGCCAAUCCGACAUUGACGGGUUCCUCGUCGGUGGCGCGUCGCUCAAGCCCGACUUUUUGCACAUCAUCAACGCCCAAAGCGGUGGCGCGUCGCACGUCGGCGGCCCCGUGAACGUGGCCAUCAACGGAUUCGGUCGCAUCGGCCGCCUCGUCCUCCGCGCCGCGGAAACCAACCCCCUCAUCAAUGUGGUGGCCAUCAACGACCCGUUCAUCCCCACCGAGUACAUGGAGUACAUGCUCAAGCACGACACAGUGCACGGCCUCUUCAACGCGGACGUCGGCCACGACGGCGACUACAUCCACGUCAACGGCAAGAAGAUUCGCGUGUUUGGCGAGAAGGACCCAGCCAACAUCAAGUGGGGUACCGCCGACGCCGAGUACGUCGUCGAGUCCACCGGCGUCUUUACGACCAAGGACAAGGCCGGCGCGCAUCUCCAGAACGGCGCGCGCAAGGUGGUCAUCUCGGCGCCGUCUGCCGACGCGCCCAUGUUCGUCGUGGGGGUCAACCACAACCUGUACAGCAAGAACAUGGACAUUGUUUCGAACGCGUCGUGCACGACCAACUGCUUGGCGCCGCUGGCCCAAGUCGUGAACCAAAAGUUUGGCAUCCUCGAAGGACUCAUGACCACGGUGCACGCUGUCACAGCAUCCCAGUUGACGGUCGACGGACCCUCCAAGAAGGACUGGCGCGGCGGGCGCGCCGCCUGCUUCAACAUCAUCCCCAGCUCCACCGGAGCCGCCAAGGCCGUGGGCAAAGUGAUCCCGGAACUCAACGGCAAGUUGACCGGCAUGAGUUUCCGCGUGCCCACGGCCAACGUGUCGGUGGUGGACUUGACUGUCCGCCUCAAGAACAAGGCGUCGUACGAAGAGAUCAAGGCCGCCAUCAAGUACGCCAGUGAAAACGAACUCGCGGGUAUCUUGGGCUACACGGACAAGGCGGUGGUGUCGAGCGACUUCAUCGGCGACGCGCGGUCGUCCAUCUUUGACGCGGACGCCGGCAUUGCGCUCACGGAUGACUUUGUCAAGCUCGUGUCUUGGUACGACAAUGAGUGGGGGUACUCGAACCGUGUCCUCGACCUCAUUUCGCACAUGGUGCACACUGAACGGAAAUAAAUGCGUUGAGAAUAGUAAUAAAUCGAACGAAUUAUGGUGUGUGUUGUUACUGGUAUA